AUGGAAAUCCCUGCUCACAAUUCCUUGCUAGAAAUCACUUGCUGGGAAUAUCUUGAGAUACUUUGCUUGAUACAUUUGACUGUGCAACAAAGCACCAAAAUAAACAGAAAUCCCUUGCUGGAGAUUCCUGCUAGAAAUUCAUUGAUGGAGAAGCCUGCUAGAAAUCCCUUGCUUCAAAUCCCUGACAAUGAUAUUUUGGCAACACAUAAGACAUACAGAAAUCCCAUGCUGAAGGUGCCUGCUAGAAAUCCCAUGCUAGAGAUGCCUGCUAGAAAUCCUAUGCUGGAGGUGCCUGCUAGAAAACCAUUGCAAGAGGUGCCUGCUAGAAAUCCCCUGCUUGAAAUUCCUGGCUAUGAUAUUUGGCAAGUGCCUGCUAGAAAUCCCAUGCUAGAGAUGCCUGCUAGAAAUCCUAUGCUGGAGGUGCCUGCUAGAAAACCAUUGCAAGAGGUGCCUGCUAGAAAUCCCCUGCUUGAAAUUCCUGGCUAUGAUAUUUGGCAACUGAUGCAUUUGUCUGUGGAAUAA